CUGUCAUCGCUCUCCCAAGCGCCCGCCUUGGCUGCCAUUGCAGCUACAAUGACAGCGAAAAUACGAGGGCAUUCACCAAAGACAAAGUGUCAAAAGGGUGCUGAGGACGGGACGGUAUGAGACGAGCACAGACUUCCAUGAGUAUAUAUGAUACGGUCGUUGGAAGACACAUACAUGUGCCAAGGGCCCUUUCUUGUAUCUAAUGCAUUCACUUAUUGCAAUCUGCUGUCGCUGGGAGACAUCGUGUGGCGACGUCCCGAGCCAGACUCCUUUAUGUAAGUGUCUCCAUUGCUCACCCCUCAAUGUGAUCAAGCUCUCCUCUGUGCCUGAACAUCUCACCUUCAUAUGCGGGAAUCUAAGAGCCCGUCAUUUCAGUUUGAAUUGACAUCACAGUAGCCCAACAUGCGUCACACAGCGGUCUUGCCCCUAUUCUCGUCCAUCCUUCUGCUUGGGGGGAUGGCUGCUGCCGUCCCCGUGGCAAACACUGACGAACGAUGCAAGCCCCAGAUCAUCUGCGUUGAUGCUGUCAACCCCUGCGGUAUCAAAUAUGGCGGUUGCUACGAUGUCUGCGACGUCUCAGCCAAACCCGUGGCACCGCCGUGCCCGUCGUCGACAACCAAAAAGUCCACCCCAACAUCCACCAAGAAGCCUACCCCCACCAUCACCAAGGCCACGUCUACCACCAAAAAGCCCUCUCCAUCGUCCACCAAGAAGCCUACUCCCACAACCACCAAGAAGCCCCCCGUCACAUCGACAGUCAAGCCCCCCGUAACCUCCAUCAAGAAGAGCACCACCCUCACCACCUCCACCAAGCGCCCGAGCAGCACAACAACCAGCGCAUGCACGGCCACCGCCCCCUGGCUCUGCUGGGAUGGUAUCAACGAGUGCGGCAUGAUGUACGGCGGGUGCUUCCCUGAUUGCAAGCCGUGGCCCACCUUCGCGCCGCCUCCUUGCCCGACCAAGGACAAGCCGACUGUGAUCACUAGGGUUACUACGCUGCCUACUUUGACGGUACCUCACUAUGACUGAGGUGAUAUGUGGUGGCUUUCAUGUAAGUGUUGGGCAGUUUUGAGGUGUGUCUACUCUUGUACUGCUUUUUGAGUGUCGGGGGGGAAGUUGAGAUAUUUGUUCUAUGGAUAACAAAAAUGGUCACGACGAAAUUCUUGAAGCUUGUCAACACUAUAUGUGGUGCUUGACGGGUUUGUGGGUUCUGCAACCGUCAGCUAGAAUAUCAACUCCUAGCUACGAGAUAGGUGAAAGGGGAUGAACGAAUCCGAUGCACCAACGGUGCUUCAUAACCG